UAAAUUUAUAAGACACAAUCCGCGCGAAACGCGGAAAAAAUCUCUAGUCAAAUUUAACGGAUAAAAAUGUCGAGCUCGUAUAAACACAUCAUCCUAUGUAGUAAGCUAGUAAUCAGUAAACACAUUCCGUUAAUUGGGCUAGAUAUAUGGUGAUGGCCCACCGGCUGACCAUUUAUUCGUUUGCGUGAAUUACGAACAUCUUUUCAUCACUUCCAAAUUAAUUUCCCUUAACCCCGGUCUAAACAUGGAACUAAUCCAUAAUACGCAUGUUGUACAGUAACUAUAUUAUAAUCACUGUAAAGAUUAGUUUUGUUUUCAGCUCAGACAAGAAUCGUCUAUACACUGUAAAGUUUAAUUUCUGUGAAAAAUAAAAAGUACACUAAAUUCAAAGAUUAAAGUGUUUGUCAAUGACUGAUCCGGUCGUAUGUGCAGAAUGGUCACCCUCCGUGGCUGUUUGAAUUGUUUGUCAAUGAAAGCCGCUGCCUUUGAUUGUGUGUCUUGCCAAAUUUUUUUGGGUUAAACUAGAGUAGGGAUGUUGGUUAUGAUCCUGCUCUUGUAGUUUUUUGAUGUAAGUAUGGGGUUUAGUAGUGGUGCAGCAGGUCGUUUUUUUGUGUAUGCUGCAGGCUUUGGUGAUGUAUGUAUGCUACGUUUGAGUAAUUGAAUCAAUGAAAUUGCAGGGAAAAAAAAAAUUCAAAGAUUAAAGUUCCGUCUCUCACAAAGUCAAAAAACUUAUUUUCUUUGACACGUCUCUCGGGUUCUCCUUUGAGUAUGAUGAGUGAUGACUGAACAUAAAUCUCGAUAUUCCAUAUUAAAAAUUAUCAAAAUCUAGAAUAAAUUUAAUAGAAAAUCCGUUCUCUGUUUCUCUGAAACAUACUUUUUGAAAUUCCCAUCUUCUCUGUUUCUCUCUUGGUGUAAGAGAACGCAGCAAAUCCCAUAAAGACAGAAAAAAACGUCUUUAAACGAAAAAGAAGAUUAGAAGCUUCGUAAAAUCGAAACUUUGCUUGUGGGUUUUUCUUCCCAGAUAUGGUGCAGUACCACAGAUUAAUCAAAAAAGGAGAAAAACUUAGAGUUGCAGUUGAACAAGGUGCUUCCGGUGAUGCCACCGCCGCUCCCGGAGGCGGAGGAUACUUAAAGAGUGCAAAACAAAAGAUUCUAUCAAUCAUCUUUCUCUCUUUCCUCUGUUGCUGCUACUUCUUCAGCUUCUCCUCUUUCUCUCUCAUAGAUGCUUUUAACAGAGAAGUUGAAGGACUUGUUCCUUAUGAACAGUUCACUGCACCUCUAUGUUCAGGGCUACCUCCAGGGACAAUUUGUUGUGACAGAACCGGUUUUAGAUCAGACAUAUGUAUCAUGAAAGGAGACGUUAGAACACACUAUACAUCUUCAUCAAUCUUCCUCUUCACAUCCUUCAAAAACAAGUCCAAACCCCGUGAGAAGAUCAAACCAUACACAAGGAAAUGGGAAACAAGUGUGAUGGAAACAGUUCAAGAACUCAAUCUCGUCUACAAAGAUGUCAAUGAUGAACAUCACAACAACAACAACAAUGUAUGCGAUGUUGUGUACCAUAACGUUCCCGCUGUGUUUUUCUCAACGGGUGGAUACACUGGAAACGUUUACCACGAGUUCAACGAAGGAAUCAUCCCUUUGUUCAUCACUUCACAGCAUUUUAACAAGAGGGUUGUGUUUGUCAUCGUUGAGUAUCGUAAUUGGUGGGUUACUAAAUAUAAAGAUAUCCUCUCUCAGCUCUCUGAUCACCCUCCAGUAGACUUCAAUGGAGACAAGAGAACGCACUGUUUCAAAGAAGCUAUCGUACGGUUAAAGAUUCACGACGAGUUGAGUGUUGACUCAUCGUUAAUGCUUGGAAACAAAACAAUUCUUGAUUUUAGAAGCGUGUUGGAUCGUGCUUUCUGGCCACGUAUCCACGGAUUGAUUCAAGACGAAGAAGCAGAGAACAAGACUGGUUUCAAACCAAAACUUGUGAUUAUGUCAAGAAACGGAUCAAGAGUGCUACUUAACGAGAAUCUUCUGGUGAAACUAGCCGAGGAGAUUGGAUUCUUUGUCGAGGUUUUGAGACCGGACAAAACAACAGAGCUGGCGAAAAUCUACAGAUCAUUGAACUCUAGUGAUGUUAUGAUCGGUGUCCAUGGAGCUGCGAUGACACAUUUCUUUUUCUUGAAACCAAGAACCGUGUUUAUACAGAUUAUACCGUUAGGAACCGAGUGGGCUGCUGAGACUUACUAUGGAGAACCGGCCAAGAAGCUGAGGUUGAAGUACAUGGGCUACAAGAUUAAACCGAGAGAGAGUUCUUUAUACGGUGAUUAUGGCGAAGAUGAUCCGAUAAUUAAAGAUCCAAAGAGUUUUACUAAAAAAGGAUGGGAUUACAAUAAGAAGAUUUAUCUUGAGCGCCAAAACGUGACGCUUGAUUUGAAAAGAUUCAUGAAACCAUUGUCUCGUGCUUAUAAGCUCUCCAUUACACAAAGCAAGUGACUAUUAAUUCACUAAUCAGAUAGUAUGUUACCAACUAAACCUGGUUUAAGCUUUGUAUAAACAGUUUGUAGAAGAGUGCAU